AUGACAGCGGAUCAGACCAGACGGAAAUUUUGGAAUGGCAGAUGGGUGGAAGAGACAGGACUGAGGACAACCGCGACGUUGACCCUGGCGUCUUCUGGAGGGAAAGGACUUCUCGAAAAGGACGCCAAAGGAAACCUGCGAAGAGUGAUCAAGGAAUCCUCCUGUUGGGUCGUCGUGCUCGACUUGAUAGUCAAUGGCCAUUCAGUUCUACAAUUCAUAGAGUCAUCAAACCUUUACCAAUUACCGGAUUUGCCGGUGAUCAUCGUUGGACCAGAUGAGGACGUAGGGCGCUUUCUUCUGCACAAAGCUUUGCGAAACACUGUCCAGGUUACCUAUCUGGCCGUCGGCCGUAAGAACACCUUUGCUUUGACAAAGAGGGUUGCGUUGCGAGGAGGAGAGGAUAAGAGUGUCCUCCAGUCUGGAAGUUCUUUCCGGUUAUUCAGAACCUGGAAGGAAGGCAGCGACCGUAGUGCUCUCAUCCAAGGCACACAGGAACCAGUAAAAGCAUACACCAAAUGUUUGUACUGCAAUCAGACCAACGCCGGAUUUCUCUUCAAACACAAAUGGCCUCUCAAUGAAAGACUCUCCAAGUUCAUCCAGUCUCCAGAUGAGUCGAAGGAUUUGAACGGCCAUGUUGUUAACGUCGUUUGUAACAAAAGGAUUCCUUUCGUCGACUACGAAGACUCAGAUCCAACCUGGGAUGGCCCUGCUGGGACUGUAAGGCCAAGGGACGCCUUCGACAUCAGACUGCAGCAGACAGCCGCCAAGUUGUUUAACUACACAUUCCUGAUACGAGAACCGUGGGACAAAGAGUGGGGCAUUCCUGACGAAUUCGGAAACUGGUCUGGAACAGCUGGUACACUCCAGUAUGAAAAAGCCGACCACUCAUUCAUGCUGACACCGCUGCCCACCAGGAUGAAAGUGAUGGACUUCACCAGGGUCUACGUAGAGGACCCGUUCAUUAUCAUAUCCCUCAAACCAGGACCCCUGCCUAAAUCUAUCUACGUGUGGGUUGGUCUCGUCGUCUCUUGCCUCCUAUUCGGAGUCGGCUACUGGUUCUUUGAAAAGAUAGGAGGAGAUUUCCCUGGGGGAAAGAGGCAGGAAUUGACACACACCAUCUUAUUCACCUUGGGGUUGUUAUUGGAAGACCCUCCUCGACGGUCGGCCGUUCGUAUCUCCUGCCGGACGUUGGUUGGCUGCUGGUUGGUUGCGUGUUUCGUCUUCAUGUCAGCCUAUCGGUCGGCUCUCAUUGCUCACCUGACAGUUGUUAAGAGAUACAAGCCAAUUAAUACAAUGGAGGAUCUCUUGGCGAGGAAACGGGGUUACACUUGGGGUAGGAUCCCACUGUCAGGAGCAUCACUACUUUUCUUGUCUGAGAACCCAAGUCCAGUGAUUCGAGAAGUUUAUAGUACGAUGCUGGUGCUACCAGCUGAAUCCCAGUUAAACCGGGUGCUGGCAGGAGGUUAUUCGUUCGUAUCGAGGAAGUACUGGGCUCUGGCAGACCUCCUGAAGGCUACGAUGGAGGGACUGCCAGUCCACAUGAGUACUACAGAAUACGGGAUAUCUUCAGGAUACGGAUGGGCUUUCAGGAAAGGUUAUCCAAACUUGAGCACCAUUGACAAACUCAUGCAGCGACUUCUCGAGGGAGGGAUUGUGGAUUUUUGGAUCGAUGUCGUCGUCAAAAAAAUUGCUCGAAGAAUGGUUGAAGAAGGACAAAGUUCCGGCGAAUCGAAGGCUGUGGUGAUUCCAGAUGAUGACCAAGUGCGAGUGUUAACGCUGGAACACCUGGAAGGAGCCUUUUACCUGCAGGGAAUCGGAUGUUGCUUUGGGUUGAUUAUUUUCUUGCUGGAACUGAUACGUUAUAAAUGGUUCCCGAAUGUUGGAUUUUGUAAGGUUAGUGAGAUGCUUGCUGUAUUUAGAUCUCCUGCUCUAAGUUUUCUCCAGUGA